UCAGCUUCCCGAAUAGCUGGGACUACAGGCCCCCGCCACAGCGCCGGGCUAUUUUAGAGACUAGGGUCGCGCCUUUGCUCACGCUGGUCUCCAACUCCCGAGCUCCAGCGAUUCACCCGCCUCGGCACCCUCCCCCGGGGUGCUGGGAUUACAGGGAGAACCACGGUGCCCGGCCGUGGACGGUUCUUGAUUCGCGUUGCAGUUUGACCCGCGGGGCCGAACGCAAUGGGACUGGCCCGGGCAAAGCUGGCCCGGGGACGCAAGCGCGCGCGGAGAGCUGGGUCAGGAUUCCAGAUGCCCAACGCCCUCAUCGUCUACGUCCUUGCCGUCUUCGGCCUCUGGCAGCGGGUCCUAGUUGACUCUGCCCCCAUCAUCCGUAAUGAGAUUCCCCGGCACAGACCUGCCCUCCAGCAAUGGAGUCACAAGCUCAUGGACGGUUUAUGUCCACCAGGAACGCAUCUCUCAGAAGACGGUACAUAUUGUCUGCCCUGCAGAUACGGAAUAGACUAUACUACUCACCGGAAUGAGCUCCUCUCCUGCAUCCUCUGCACGGCUUGUAGCUCUGAUAAAGUGGAGAAAAGUCCCUGCGACACCAACAGAGAUACGGAAUGUCAAUGCAAAGGGGGUACUUUCUGGACAAAAGAAUCACCUGAGGUCUGCCAGCCGUGCACCCCUAGGUGUCCUGCUGGGAUGGUCAUGAAAACGCCUUGUACCCCCUUGAGUGACAUAGAGUGUGUCCCAGAAGAAUCAGGCGAUGAGGUCUCCGUGAUUUGGCUUGUAGUUGCUCUGGUCAUCGCGGGAGUAGUGGUGAUUAUAGCAAUAAUGUGUUGGUGUAUAUGCGUCCGCUCAGGUCUCACCACGAUCGUGCACAGAGUCUGUUUCUGGAGAGUCCCACAAGGGCCUGGGGCAGAGGACAGCACUGACAACCAGAUGCUGACCAUCAGAGACUCUCAGUCCACCCUGGACUUUGAACCGGAGGAGAUGAAAAGGCAGGAGCUGGCAGAGCUGAGAGUUGUCACCCCACCUUCCCCCCAGGAGAAACAGUGUCUUCUGGGACAGGCAGGAGUUGAAGGGUCGAAGAAGAGAAGGUUGCUGGUUCCAGCGAAUGGCGCUGACCCCAUUGAAACUCUGAGGCUGUUCUUCAACUUCAUCUCAAACACCGUGUCCUGUAAGUCCUGGAACCAGCUCAUGAGGCAGAUGGGUCUGCCCAAAAAUGAUAUCCAGCUGGCCAGAGACUCUGUAAGCCCAGACGAUGUCUUGAAUGAAAUGCUGGAGAGAUGGAUCGGCAAGAAAGGACUGAAGGCCUCGGUGAACUGUCUGCUGGAGGCCUUGGAAACGCUGGGAGACAGGCUUUCGAAGCAGACCAUUGAGGACCAUCUGGUGAACUCUGGGAAGUUCAUCUUUCUAGACAGUGAGACAGACUCUGCUGUGCCAUCAGAGUGAAAGAAUGUCUGUAAGCAGUCAGAACUUCCCUAGUUUACCUUUUAUGCUGGUUGAAUUGAUUAGAUUUCCUACCAGCUCUAGGAAAUCACCAAAAAUCUCCCAUGAGUGGUACUUGAAGAAAUUCUAUCAUGUAAUAUCAUCCAGUGCAUGGAACAUGCUAGAACUUUUAAAUACUUGUAGAAAAAUAUAAAACGUUUCUAUUUAUGUUUUUGUAGCA